UUAACCCAUAAGAGACUACUGUGACCAUAUGGUCACAGUUUCAGUAUUUUAUUUUUUGGGUUGGUAUGCCUGAUUCAUGAAGCUGGUUUUGAUUUUUUCUUAGCCAGCUGACAGAACAAGAGUUAUUCUUCACCUGUAGUGUUAUUGUUUGAUGGUUGGUUUCAGUUGUGAGGAACAGUAAAGUAUUAAAUUUACUUAUGUUACAACAUGGCUGAUUUUCUUGACAACAAUUGGUUGCAACAACUGUCACUGGCCGAGGGAUUUACUGUAGCCGAAGCUGUCGAUGUAAUUGAAAACUUUGUUGAUGACGGGAAUCUCGACACCUCAGACGUUGACAUCUUUAUUGCCCCCCCAGAAAAUGAUAUCCUCACUGAUGAAGACUCUGGUCCAGAAGACGAAGGUGGUACCAUAAAUAAUUUGAACGGUGGACAACUAUCAGCUCCCGCAGAAAUAAGAGUAAGAAGACUUUGUAAUCUUGUUGAAUCAAGUUGCACGGAACUACAAGAUAAAAAACAUCGAACCUGGAUUGAUGGCGACAUGGAAGCUCAGAAGACUCUUGCUUUUCAAGCAUACAACUACAGUAAGUUCAGUUCUUUAAGCCCAGUUGAACUUUUUGAGCUAUUCAUCAACAACAGUGUUAUUGAAUUGCUAGUUAAAAAUACAAACAAGUACGCUUUUAUUCAAAAACUGCCCAGACCCAAAGGUUACGGAGGAAGAAAUGAAAUGCUUUUUAGCAAUUUUGUUACUGUCAGGAUACAAUGA